GACUCACUGGAGAGAGAUGAGCAGCACAAUGAAUCCAUUAAAAGAGCCCAGCAGGAACUGAAAACUCAUCUGAAGAAGAAGUUUGAAUGCAUAUUCGAAGGUUUAGCAGUGCAGGGCCACACAACUCUCCUCAAUGAGAUCUAUACAGAGCUCUACAUCACAGAGGGGGGAAGUGGGGGGGUCAAUACUGAGCAUGAGGUCAGCCAGAUUGAGACAGCAUCCAAGAGACAAACCACCCAGGAGACUCCAAUCCUCUGCAAUGACAUCUUUAAGCCUUUACCUGGACAAGAGAAAUGCACCAGAACUGUGCUUACAAAGGGCAUCGCUGGCAUUGGGAAAACCGUCUCUGUGCAGAAGUUCAUUCUGGACUGGGCAGAAGGAAAAGCCAAUCAGGACAUUGAUUUCAUCUUCACUCUUCCUUUCCGAGAUCUGAAUCUGAAGAAGGAAAGAGCAUUCAGUCUGAUGCAACUUCUGCAGCACUACUUUCCACAACUGAAAGAGAUCAAAAGUGUUGAAGGUGAUGAAGUCAAAGUUGUGUUUAUCUUUGAUGGUCUGGAUGAAUGUCGACUUCCUCUACAUUUCCAAAGCAAUGAGAUCUACUGUGAUAUAACGAAGUCAUCAUCAGUGGAUGUGCUGCUGACCAACCUCAUUAAGGGGAAUCUGCUUCCCUCUGCUCUCCUCUGGAUCACCUCCCGACCUGCAGCUGCCAAUCAGAUCCCUCCUGAGUGCAUCCACCAGGUGACAGAGGUACGAGGGUUCAAUGACCCACAGAAGGAGGAGUACUUCAGAAAGAGAAUCAGAGAUCAGAACCAGGCCACCAGAAUCAUCUCACACAUCCAGUCAUCCAGGAGUCUCUACAUCAUGUGUCACAUACCAGUCUUCUGCUGGAUUUCUGCUACUGUUCUGGAGACAAUGUUGGGUAAAGUAAACAGAAGAGAUUUGCCCAAAACUCUGACUGAAAUGUACACACACUUCCUGCUCAUUCAGACUAAUGUGAAGAAUCUGAAGUAUCGUGGCUCUGAUGAAACAAACCCAAAGAUGUCAGCAUCAGAUACAGAAAUCAUCCUGAAACUGGGGCAGCUGGCUUUUGUACAGCUGGAAAAGGGCAAUCUGAUAUUCUAUGAAGAGGAGCUGAGAGACAGUGGCAUUGAUGUCAGUGAAGCUUCAGUGUACUCUGGGGUGUGCACAGAGAUCUUUAAAAAGGAGCGUGGGUUGGGUCAGGAGAAGGUCUACUGCUUUGUGCAUCUGAGCAUUCAGGAGUAUCUGGCCGCCUUGUUUGUGUUUCAUUCAUGUGUAAAUGAGAACAGAAAUGUGCUCAGAGCAGAAAAAUCAAAACCUCACAGUGGCAGAGUGCAGCUGUCUGAGUUACAUGAGACUGCAGUGGAUCAGGCCUUAUGGAGUAAGAACGGACACCUGGACCUUUUCCUCCGAUUCCUUCUCGGCCUCUCUCUGGACUCCAUUCAGCCCCUCUUAGGAGGACUACUGACCCAGACAGGAAGAUCCCCUGGGCCAGACCCACAGAUAGAGAAAGGAAGAAGAUCUGAUGUAGGACAAUGGAUAACAAAAUUCUUUCAGAAACUACUGACACAGACAGAAAACAGAUCAGAGAGCAUCAAGGAAACAGUCCAGUACAUUAAGGAGAAGAUCAAAUCCGAAUCUUCCGCAGAGAGGACCAUCAAUCUGUUUCACUGUCUGAAUGAACUGAAUGACAACUCUGCAGUGAAGGAAAUCCAGAAUUUCCUGAGAUCAGGAAAACUUUCUGAUAAAGAGCUGGAACCCCACCAAUGUUCAGCUCUGGCCUUUGUGUUACUGAUGUCAGAGGAGGUCCUGGAUCAGUUUGACUUGAAGACCUACAACACAUCAGAAGCAGGUUGUGACAGACUGGUACCAGUAGUCAGGAACUGCAGGAAGGCCAUACUGCACAGUUGUAACCUAAGAGAAGAGUCCUGUGAAAUUGUGGCCUCAGCUCUCCAGUCAUCAAACUCACCCCUGAGAGAUCUGGACCUCAGCAACAAUAACCUGGGAGAUGCAGGAGUGAAGCUGCUCUGUGCUGGACUGAUGAGUCCAAACUGUAAACUACAUCUUUACAGACUGAACAGCUGUAACCUAAGAGUGAAGUCAUGUGAAAUAUUGGCCUCAGCUCUCCAGUCAUCAAACUCACCCCUGAGAGAUCUGGACCUCAGCAACAAUAACCUGGGAGAUGCAGGAGUGAAGCUGCUCUGUGCUGGACUGAUGAGUCCAAACUGUAAACUACAGAGACUGGGGCUGGGUUGGUGUAAUCUCACAGAGGGCUGCUGUGAUGUUCUGGCCUCAGUCUUGCGUUCUCCUCACUCAGAGCUGAGUGAUCUGGAGCUGAGAGACAACGAGCUGCAGGAUUCAGGAGUGAGAGCGCUCUCUGCUGGACUGGAGGACCCACACUGUAAACUGCAGAGACUGGGGCUGUCAGGCUGUAGAGUCACACAGAGAGGCUGUGAUUCUCUGGCUUCAGCUCUGUGUUCAAACCCCUCACACCUGAGAGAGCUGGACCUGAGAUACAAUCACCCAGGAGACUCAGGAGUGAGAGCGCUGUCUGCUGCUAAACUGGACACACUCACACUACUUGUGGAACAUGGAGGAGAGAACAGGAUUAAACCAGGACCCAGGAAAUAUGGCUGUCGGCUCACACUGGAUCCAAACACAGCGCACAGAGAGCUGUCUCUGUCUGAGGGGAACAGGAAGGUGACACACACACUGUGGAGAGAGGAGCCAUAUCCUGAUCAUCCAGAGAGAUUUGAUUUCAGGGAGCAGGUUCUGUGCAGAGAGAGUGUGUGUGAGCGCUGUUACUGGGAGGCUGAGUGGAGUGUGUCUGAGAGGGGAGAGGUUCAUAUAGCAGUGACAUAUAAAGGAAUCCGCAGGAAAGGAGGGGAUGGUGACUGUGUGUUUGGACGGAAUAAAAACUCCUGGAGUCUGAGGUGCGAGAAACACAGAUACUCUGUCUGUCACAAUAAGAACCGCACAGACCUACCUGCCCCCCCCUCCCCCUACCACAGAGCAGGAGUGUGUGAUGAUGGUGCUGGUGCAGGAGUGUGUGUGUACAGGGUAGGAGUGUGUGUGGACCGUCCGGCUGGCACUCUGUCCUUCUACAGCGUCUCUGACUCUGACACACUGACCCUCCUGCACACACUCCACACACACUUCACUCAACACACACCCCUCUGUGCUGGGUUUGCAGUGUGGUGGGAGGGCUCAGUGUCCCUCUGCCAACUGGAGUAGAGACACACACACACACACACACACACCCCUCCACCCCACACACACACACACUGUGGCACCCCACGGGGAGAGAGAGGCAGAGAGAGCAGGAAUAAGUGUCCAGAAUUAUAUUUUAAUACAUUUUCUUUAAGUGUCUUCAGGACACAUUCAAUUCACACUUUCUCUUUUUCCAACAAAGAAAAAAAACAGGAAAAAAAAUCACCGGCCAAAAAAUUACGUGGCUCUGUCAGCCCGUCUGUAUCUGGGGCGGUCCGUCCUAUCCGCGCCUUUCCUGGCACGGAGAUCCACGUCCCCGCUUUGUCGCCCGGUUCUGUGUCGUUGGCUGUUUCUCGUGCGUGCUGGCUCCGCAUCCGUCUCCCGUACUGCUCUCCCCCGUUCUGUGGUUGUGCCCGGCCUUUUGUAGGGCUCCUCUCUCUCUCUCCAACUCGUCCCAGCUGCGCCUGUCCAAUCAGAGCCUUAGAGUUCACUGCCCACAUUCCCCACGCGCCUUUCCUCCGGUGCUGCUGGCCUUGGUGCUGAUCCUCCACCGGCUCUCUCCACGGUGCUGACCUGUCAAGACACCAAUUCUGGAAAUAAACGUUGUGAAG